CGUCGGCUUCACAUUGUUCUCCAUGGGGCUGCUUGGGCGGAUGCGCCGGAAGCGGCAGGCGACCAAGGCGGCCAACGCAGCAGCAGCCAAGGAGGUUGAAGCCGCGCUCGCUGCUCGUAAGGCGCGCGAGGCCCGUGACGCUGCGUUUGCACGAGCCAAGGCGAGCGACGCCGGGACACCGGCGGAGGCAGUGAUGGACGAGCUCGGCCCGGGCGCGGUCGAGGCCCUGUGCGAGGCAAUCGGGAUCGCGCCGGCGUCUGCAGACGCGCUUGUCAUGUGCCACACUAUGGGCGUGGCCAGAAUGGGAUACAUCAGCAAGACCGAGUUUGAGGCCGGCAUGGUGAGCCUUGCCGCAAGCUCGCUCGACGACCUGGCGGUCGCCAUCAGCCGGCGCAAGGCACAGCUUGCGGCGUCGACGAGCGGCUUUGCCGCCCUCUACGAGUACGCCUUUGCAUUUGCCAAAGAGGAGCCUCGCAAAAAGAUCGUCGACUUGGCGUCGGCGUGCGCUAUGCUCGAGCUCGUCAUGUCGAUGCGGAGCGAGAGCGAUCGCAAGCGGACCGACGCCUUUGUCGCCUUUCUCACCUCAGACAGCUGCACAGCCCGGGCGCUCAACCACGACCAGUGGAGCUCGUGGCUCGACUUUAUCGACGAGAUCGCGCCGGACCUGUCCAACUGGGAAGACGACGGCCCGUACCCGGUCCUGUUCUCCGAGUAUGUGGCCCACGCGAGCAGGGGGGAGUAAACACAGCCUUCUUGGGA